CAAAUCUCCCCUCCCUUUGAUUCUUUCCCCUCUCCUCUCUUCUCUGCUCGCUGGCAUGUGUAAUGGCGGCUCUACUGCUGCUUCGUUUCUUGCUACUGUGGCUUCCUGCUCUCGCUUGGGCCUCCGACAGCAGUAUUCUUUCUCCCAAAGGUGUCAACUUUGAAGUGGCGGCGUUGAUGGCGAUGAAGAAAGAGAUGAGGGACGAGUCAGGUGUAAUGGCCGGCUGGGAUUUGAACUCGGUUGAUCCCUGCACUUGGAACAUGGUCGGUUGCUCCCCAGAAGGCUUUGUCAUUUCCCUGGAAAUGGCAAGCACUGGUUUGGCAGGGACGUUAUCCACCAGUAUUGGCAACUUAGGUCACCUGAGGACAAUGCUAUUGCAGAACAAUCUGUUAACUGGGUCGAUCCCAGCUGAGAUAGGAAAGCUGCCUGAGCUUCAAACUCUUGACCUCUCAGGUAACCAAUUUGAAGGCAACAUCCCAAGCUCUUUGGGACAAUUGACAAGGCUAAGUUACUUGCGCUUGAGUAGAAACAGGUUAUCAGGACAAAUUCCUGGACCGGUUGCCAAUCUCACAGAACUGUCAUUCUUGGACUUAUCAUAUAAUAAUCUCAGUGGACCGACUCCAAGGAUACUAGCUAAAGACUAUAGCAUUGCUGGGAACAGCCUUCUCUGCGGUCCAUCUCCAACAAAGGGCUGUUCAAGUGUUUCCAAGCCAAUAAAUGCAACAGUUGGAUCCCCCAAGGUCAACAAUGGCCAUCAUCAUUGGGUGAUGUCAGUUGUAUUGGGCUUCAGUUGUGCAUUUGUAGUUUCACUGGUCCUGCUUGUUUGCUUGGUGUAUUGGUAUAGAACCCGUCUACUCUCUACUUCAUGCGUGCAGCAGGACUACGAUUUUGAGAUUGGUCAUCUAAAGCGAUUCUCAUUUCGAGAGCUGCAAGUUGCUACAGGAAACUUUAGUAGAAGGAACGUGCUUGGUCAAGGUGGGUUUGGUGUUGUCUACAGAGGGUGUCUGCCAAACAAGACACUUGUGGCGGUCAAGAGGCUGAAGGAUCCUAACUUCACUGGGGAAAUGCAGUUCCAAACCGAGGUUGAAAUGAUCGGUUUGGCCUUGCAUAGAAACCUAUUGAGGUUGUAUGGCUUCUGUAUGACUCCCGAGGAGAGGAUGCUUGUUUAUCCUUACAUGCCAAAUGGAAGUGUUGCUGACCGCCUGAGAGAGACUGGUGGGGAAAUCCCAUGUUUGAACUGGAACAGGAGACUCCGAAUCGCCCUUGGUGCAGCUCGUGGACUGCUCUACUUGCACGAGCAGUGCAAUCCUCGUAUAAUCCACAGAGACGUUAAAGCUGCAAACAUACUACUCGACGAGAGCUUCGAAGCUGUGGUUGGAGAUUUCGGACUUGCCAAGCUGUUGGAUCGAAGGGAUUCCCAUGUCACCACAGCAGUACGUGGCACAAUUGGUCACAUUGCUCCGGAGUAUCUCUCAACCGGCCAAUCCUCUGAAAAAACCGAUGUCUUUGGGUUUGGGAUACUGCUUCUGGAGCUCAUAACAGGCCAAAAGGCACUGGAUGCUGGAAAUGGUCAGGUCCAGAAAGGAAUGAUCCUUGACUGGGUGAAAACCUUACAUGAGGAGAAGAAGUUGGAAAUGCUGAUAGAUAAGGAUUUGAAGGGAUGUUUCGAUCCAUCGGAGUUAGAACAGGCCAUCGAAUUGGCGCUGCAAUGCACUCAGUCGCAUCCUACUCUACGUCCGAAGAUGUCAGAAGUCUUGAAGGUACUUGAAGGCCUCGUAGGACACUCGGGUGUCGAGGAGGCACAAGCUGGAGGGUCGAACAUGUACGAGGCAAGGCCUUUCAGUUUCUCUAGGCAGCAGCAUAGUGGUAUCCAUGAAGCAUCUUCGUUUAUCAUUGAAGCAAUGGAGCUUUCCGGACCAAGAUGACUCAGGUGACACAUUUUGUUUUCCCCUCCGUUUUUCUUAGAUAGAGAUGUAAAUGAAUUUUUUCUGCAGUAAUAGCAAUCCUUGUCGCUUGCGGAUUGCCGUGUACAAAAUGGUCGCAGGUCAAAGGAUUGUUAGGGAAAGUUGCAAUUGAAACACUGUAGUUUUCAGCAUAUAAUGUUUGAUAAAAUCAGGCAUAUGGUCAAAGGAAACCUUGCGCUGGCAGACAGUUCAAUUCCCUUUUCUUCUCUGAAGCACCUUAAUCAUUUCUCUAAUAGAGGGUUUUUGCUCUGUCCAGGGUGUAAUAUAGCACCUUAAUUAUUAGCUCCCACAAGGCACAAGCUCAAGCAUCGGCUUUCUAUUGGUAAAUGGGGUAUCGAAUAUAUGGCUGAUUCACAUUAGUGUGUCAGUUGUUGACUAAUACAGGUAAGCUUUCCAGUAAGAAUAGUUGUUGUGAUAC